UGACUUUACUACCGGUGCCACCAAUGACUUUGGUAUUCCAGACUCUGAUGCAAAUUGGGUGACAGCGGGUCGUCGCCCACUAUCGUCGAUGUGUCCGACAAUAUUCACCGAUACUAACGGCUUACGACUCGUGAUCGGCGGAAGUGGUGGACCAAAGAUCACGACAGCCGUGGCGUCCGUCUCAAUGAGGAACUUAUGGUUUGGCGAAAAUAUCAAACAAGCGAUCGAUAGCCAGAGACUACACCACCAGUUGUUUGCCGAUGAAAUCAUUUAUGAGAAACAAUUUCCCCAAAAUAUAUUGAAACAAUUGAAAGCAAAGGGACAUGUAGUGAAACAAUUGAGUGAAGGGGACAGGGGUGCCGUCAUUAUCGCCAUCAGUAAAGAGAACGGAAAACUGUACGCCAAUUCUGAUUAUAGGAAAGGCGGUGCAGUUGAAGGAGCUUAACCCC